AUGCCUUUCAAGAUUGCUUUAUUAGUGCUGUAUUUUCUAGUUGGCCAAGCAACAAUGGAAGAUGUUAAGUUCAAAUUCAAUGGAUUCCAGUCGGCAGACCUGAGUCUCAACGGCAUAGCCGGGAUCACCUCUAGUGGCCUCUUAAAGCUAACAAAUGCCACAAAACAAGGAGUCGGUCAAGCCUUCUAUCCUAGUCCCAUCAACUUCAAGAACUCAAAUGGCUCGGCCUUUUCUUUUUCCACUUCCUUCGUCUUUGCCAUAGAGCCUCAAUAUCCGGAUUUAAGUGGACAUGGGAUAGCUUUCGUGCUUGCACCGACAAGAGGCCUUCCAGGAGCUCGUGCAUCCCGGUACCUUGGCCUCUUCAAUGAAAGAAAUGAUGGCAAUUCCAGUAAUCAUGUUUUUGCGGUGGAGCUGGAUACAAUCCAGGAUAAUGAGUUUCUUGAUAUCAAUCCCAAUCAUGUUGGUAUUGAUAUAAAUAGUAUGAAAUCUGUUAAAUCAGAACCAGCAGGAUAUUAUGCUAAUGGCAAUGGCGUGCUUCGCAACUUGACUCUUUAUAGUGGCAAGCCAAUGCAAGUUUGGGUUGAAUAUGAUGGUCUAGCCAAGAAAAUUAGUGUCACACUAGCUCCACUUUAUGCAAAUAAACCAAAUACUUCUCUUCUCUCCCUGUUAUACGAUCUUUCGCCUAUACUUAAACAAACCAUGUACGUUGGAUUUUCAUCAUCUACUGGUUCGGCACAAACAUCCCAUUAUGUUUUGGGCUGGAGCUUCAAGGUGAAUGGCAUAUCUGAAGGGCUCGAUCCAUCUCGCCUUCCCAAGGUACCUCGAAUUGGACCUAAGGAGAAAUCUAAAUUUUUGACAAUUGGCUUGCCUACUAUUUCGUUGGUUUUGUUGUUGACAGCCAUAUCAGGCAUGGCUUAUUACAUGAGAAGGAAGAAAAAGUAUGCGGAAGAGCUAGAAGACUGGGAACUUGAAUAUGGACCUCACCGAUUCAAACUGUAUGAUCAUGGAACUGACCCUCAAACUACGCAUGUGGUUGGUACUCUAGGGUACCUUGCCCCAGAGCAUUCAAGAACUGGCAGGGCAACAACAAGCACUGAUGUAUAUGCCUUUGGAGCCUUUCUACUUGAGGUUGCUUGUGGUAGAAGGCCUAUAGAGCAACUAGCACCCACAGAAGACAUAAUUUUAGUGGACUGGGUUUUCUCCCACUGGACUAGAGGUGAAAUUUUACAGGCCGUUGACUCAAAAUUGGGUAAUGAAUAUGUGAAAGAAGAGGUGGAACUGGUAUUAAAACUUGGGUUAAUAUGCUCUAAUUCUGAUGCUGUUGCUAGGCCAAAUAUGCAGCAAAUUCUGCUGUGCUUAGAGAGAACUGUUGCAUUGCCAGAGUUGUCAUCACUCCGUAUUUCUCGAGCUGGCAUAACAUUUGCACAUGGUGAAGGCUUUGAUGAAUUUAUUAUGUCACGUCCAUCUUCAGCGAGCAAGGCAUUUACGUACUCUUCCUCCGUUGCUGACUCCUUGCUAUCUGGUGGUCGAUGA